AGAGAGAGAGAGAGAGAGAGAGAGGAAGAGAGAGGGAGGGAGAAGCAGGAACAGUCGUCGGGAGUGAGGGUGAGAGGAGAGGCGGGGAGAGGGUGAGCCAGACGGGGCGAAGCGAAAAAACUUGGACCGUAAACUACACCCAGCCCCCGCGACUUUUCUAACGGACUAUCCACCGACAGUUCGCCGCUUCUACUGCUGCCGAAGUCGGCACGAAGCUGCCCGGACGUCCCCCCCCCCCACCUCCACUGGGACAAGUCAGCGAUAUUUCCAGGCUUGCCUACUACACAGAAUAUGACAGACACCUAGCAGCUGCUGUGUCGGCGAGGAAAACCAUGGCGACGGCCUACCUGGACCCCAACCUGAAUCACACCCUCCUCGGAGGCGCCAAGUCGCGGCUGAGCGCGGGGGGGUCAGACCGAACCAUUGCCGGCUCCGUGGACAGGGUUCUCAAAGUCUUCCACCACUUUGAGACCAACACUGAGAACAGCUGCUGGUCGUCCAAUAUCAGAUAUGGAGACGCAACUGAUGUCAGGGGAAUCAUCCAGAAAAUUCUGGACAUCCACAAAGUGCGCUGGACGUCUUGUUUUGGUCUGCACCUCAGCAACAGCCAAUCCAGAGACCAGGUGCACUGGCUCCACCCUGAUAUGGGCGUUUCCCACGUUAGAGAGAAAUACGAACAGGCACGACCGAAUGAGGAGUGGAGGUAUGAAUUAAGGAUCCGGUAUCUUCCAAAGGGCUUCGUGCAGCAGUUUACAGAAGACAAACCUACACUCAACUACUUCUACCACCAGGUGAAGAAUGACUACAUGACAGAGAUCGGGGAUCAGGUAGAACAAGAUGUGGCUCUCAAACUGGGCUGUUUAGAAAUCAGGAGGUUCUUCAAAGAGAUGAGAGGAAACGCCCUGGAUAAGAAAUCCAACUAUGAACUACUGGAGAAAGAUGUUGGUUUGAGGCGUUUUUUCCCAAAAGACCUGUUGGAUUCAGUCAAGGCUAAAACUCUCCGUAAGUUGAUCCAGCAGACCUUUAAGCAGGUGGCCAAUCUCAACGACGAACAGUGCAUCCUCAAGUUCUUGGAGAUUCUUGCGCCGGUCUACCGCUAUGACAAAGAGUGCUUCAAAUGUGCCCUUGGUUCCAGCUGGGUGAUUCAGGUGGAGUUAGCCAUCGGGCCCGAGGAAGGGAUCAGCUACCUCACAGACAAGGGAUCCACGCCCACCCAUCUAGCAAACUUUAACCAGGUUCAGUCCAUCCAGUACUCGUCUAUGGAGGAGAAGGACAGGAAAGGCAUGUUACAGCUGAAUGUAGCUGGAGCGGCUGAGCCUCUUACAGUUACAACAGCAUCACUGACCAUGGCGGAAAACUUGGCUGACUUGAUUGAUGGCUACUGUCGACUUGUCUCCAUGGACACUCAUUCCUUCAUCGUCCGUUAUCAGAAAGAGGGAGAGAGAGCACUUCCUUCCAUCCCAAAAGUGUCAAACAAUGAGAAGAAGUUGGAAGCGGUAAGGAGUGGAGUCAGAGCGAUCUCCGUCUCAGAAGAUCUUAGUGGGGAUGAGACCGAUGACUAUGCAGAGAUAGUGGAUGAAGAGGACACAUACACCAUGCCCUCCAUGAGCUAUGGAGUAGUUGAAGCGCGGGACUAUGAGAUCCAGCGGGACAGGAUAGAGUUGGGUCGCUGUAUCGGAGAGGGUCAGUUUGGAGAUGUGCACCAAGGAGUCUAUAACAGCUCGGACAAACCCGCUCUACCUGUCGCCAUUAAGACCUGUAAGAACUGUACCUCAGACAGUGUCAGAGAAAAGUUCCUUCAAGAAGCAUUGACAAUGCGUCAGUUCGACCACCCUCACAUUGUUAAGCUGAUCGGAGUGAUCACAGAGAACCCGGUGUGGAUCAUCAUGGAGCUCUGUACGCUCGGAGAGUUACGUUCGUUCCUUCAGGUGAGGAAGUACAGUCUGGACCUGGCCACUCUCAUUCUGUUUGCCUACCAGCUCAGUACGGCGCUGGCCUAUCUGGAGAGCAAGCGCUUUGUACACAGGGACAUUGCAGCUCGUAAUGUUUUGGUCUCAUCCGUCGACUGUGUGAUGCUCGGAGACUUUGGUCUGUCACGAUACAUGGAGGACAGCUCUUACUACAAAGCUUCUAAAGGUAAACUUCCGAUCAAGUGGAUGGCACCUGAAUCUAUCAACUUCAGAAGAUUCACGUCUGCCAGCGAUGUCUGGAUGUUUGGCGUGUGCAUGUGGGAGAUCCUGAUGUACGGCAUCAAGCCGUUCCAGGGGGUGAAGAACAAUGACGUGAUUGGCAGGAUAGAGAACGGCGAGCGGCUGGCGAUGCCUCCUCAGUGCCCCCCCACCCUCUACAGUUUAAUGACCAAGUGUUGGUCGUACGACCCGAGCAAGAGGCCGCGGUUCACAGAACUCAAAACACAGCUCAGCACCAUACUGGAGGAAGAGAAGCUUCAACAAGAGGAGAGACUUCGAAUGGAGAUGAGGAGACAAGUCACCGUGUCCUGGGACUCGGGAGGGUCUGAUGAAGCUCCACCUAAACCCAGUCGACCAGGUUACCCCAGUCCUCGCUCCAGUGAAGGGUUCUUCUCCAGCCCUCAACACAACCACUUUCCGCCGUCAGCUCAUGGUGGUGUAGGAGGAGUAGGAGGCAGUUACCCUCCUAAUGAUACCUGGAAUCAACACAGACCUGAACACACUGCACUGUGGAAUCCCAGCAUGGAGGAGAGUGGAUGUGUCGGCCAUGUUCUGAUGGAGGAGAGGCUGAUGAUGCAGCAACAACAGAUGGAGGAUGACCAGCGGUGGUUGGAGCAGGAGGAGAGCUUCAUGAAGACAGAGUCCAGAAACAGCAGAGGAAGUAUCGACAGAGAGGACGGCACACUACAAGCACCGAGUGGAAGCCAACACAUCUACCAGCCUGUUGGGAAACCAGAACACGUAGCUCCUCCUAAGAAGCCACCCCGCCCUGGAGCUCCUGGUCACCUUGGCAACCUGGCCAGUCUUUGCCCUGUGGACAGCUACAACGAGGGCGUCAAGCCAUGGAGGUUGCAGCCUCAAGAGAUCAGUCCGCCUCCCACCGCCAACUUGGAUCGUUCCAACGACAAAGUGUAUGAGAACGUCACGGGAUUGGUCAAAGCUGUGAUUGAGAUGUCCAACAGGAUUCAACCUGCAGCACCAGAGGAGUACGUGCCCAUGGUCAAGGAGGUGGGUCUGGCUCUGAGGACUCUGCUAGCGACAGUAGAUGAGACGAUUCCUGUGCUGCCAGCGAGCACACACAGAGAGAUUGAAAUGGCUCAGAAGUUGCUGAAUUCCGAUCUGGCAGAGUUGAUAGCGAAGAUGAAACUGGCUCAACAGUAUGUGAUGACGAGUUUGCAAAAGGAUUACAAGAAACAGAUGCUAAUGGCAGCUCACGCCCUCGCAGUCGACGCCAAGAACCUGCUGGACGUCAUCGACCAAUCACGACUCAAGAUGAUCACCCAGACCCGCCCACAUUAGCCCCUGGGGAUCCAAUCAGGCCUUGGAUGGGUUGGCGGUCCGGAGAUGAUGUUGCUGUGGCACCGGAAGAGAACUUUUAGAUGGAUAUCAGUGAUGGACGGAUGAAAAAUAUCGACUGAUGUACGACUGACUGAAACAAUCAUCUCCCUCUUACUUUCAUCACGUCGUUUCCCCUCUGGCAACACUCAUGUUUUGGUCGAUAUUGUGUUGUUUUGUACUUUUCGUCGUAUUAUUUUUUUGCUUUUGUAUCCAGAAAAACGCUCGUCUCUCAUCACCUAUCCUGAACACAUCAUCCAGUACAACUUUUUAAAUUGCUGAAUCAAGCAGAGGCUCCUUUGCAGGACUGUACAGAUGUUUCGAUGAAUGGACGCACGCCGUUACCCCCCGCGUAAACACGAGACUAACACUCUCCGCACAGGCAGGACGUAAUAACUGGAACUGAAGAGCCAGAACGACGAGGAUAAUGAAGACGAUUUCCUAAUGUUUUUAAACAUUCUUUUAUAUCACCAUUAAUUAUUACUUCUCAGCCUCGACUCUCACAGUAAGUCUGCAGCUACUUCAGUCUUCUUUAAACGUGUAUGUGCACAAAUCGAUUUACACAACAGCUGCUCGUAGAUGUCAUGAUUUCAUCUCUUCUUUUUUUUCCUCAUCUUCCUCCCUGAAUAUUUCUAUCUCAGGCAUCAAGACAUGGCAUAAAAAAUGAAAUAUGAAAGGUGAAUUUUUGAAGAACAAACUAAAUGUCUUUUUAAAACAUUUUUUAAAAAACUGCCACAGGCCACUUUUUAAGUUAACUACAUAGUAAAUAUACAAAGAAGCUAUAUUUUUAACACACUUCUGAGGCGGGAGUGAAUAAGAGAGAUGGGUGAACGAGGGGGAAAGUGGAGGUGGGGGAGGGGUUGUCUUUUAUUUACCAUGGAGGUGCUAAUUAUAUUGUAUAGGUCGCCCUGUGCCAAAUGAACUGACAUUGACUUAAAAAAGGAACAUUUCACUUAAAAUACUCUGAUCGUCGCUGUGACAAGCCCGAGUUGUGGCGUUGUUCCUUUAGUGUGUAUUUGAGCCAUAGACUGUAAAUAAAUAUGGACGACAUGACAGCUUUUCCAAAAGUGAAGCCAAAACAUCUCGAUCGCCACCUGCUAGCUGGCUUUAGUAUAGUUUAUAAAUCCUGCGUCCUCCGUGUUAGUAUAUGGGACAUGGACCAAGGUAAAAAAAAGUCAAAGUCAAUUGGACAAGCUGGAUCUCGCUUCCCUGACUGCUUCUAGACUCUAGGCUAAUUUCGGCUUCAUUUCUGGAUAGCAGUGAAGUGGAGACAUCUCGUCCGUCUUUAUAUACAAUCUGAUUCGAGCCAGAUGUGUUGUUGUCGUGGCCGUCGUGUUUUUUGGUUCCUUUUGUCUUCACAUUCAUAUUCACUCAACAAUAUGCAACACAGCGUUUCAGUUUCACUCUAACAAACACUCUCUUAAAAAACGUAUUUUCAAAUAAUCUGUAAAUUUUCUUUAAAGGGUGAAUUACAGCUGCAGUUUAAUUUUUGAUUGUCUGCACUAAAAGGUAAUUGAACUUAAUUUGUGAGAAGUAUGUAUCUGCCAGAAUCAGGCUCCAGCAGUUCAAGAGUAAUUUCUCAUUAAAAACCAGCGUUUAUCUCCAACACUCUGCGAGGAAACUUAAAAUAUGAAGAAUUCUUAACAGAGUUUGGUGGAUUUGUUACACCAGCAGCUCAUCUGGUUCAGGAAGCCAGGGAUCAUGGGUAAUAUCCAUCAUUCAGUUGUGUUUCAGUUUAAUGAGUGGGACUUCGUAGUCACAGAUUAACAGGCUUUGUUUUUCCUUUACAUGAAAACGACUAAUUAAGUAAUCACCAUGUGUGGCUGCAGAGGGCGCUGUUGCUCUGCAAACGUUACAAAGUCGCUUAAAACUGCGCUGGAGACUGAAAUGAGAUUAUUGAUUUUAAAAAUGUGUGUCCAACAUGAUUUGCUCUUUUUCUCUCCUCCAUGUCUUCUUCUAUCUUUCUACCUCCUCUAUUGGAGAUAUUUAUACCUUUUUAUUCCUUCUCCUCUUCUAGUCUGCUACCCUUCGUUUCUUCUCUUUCUCCCUCCGUCCCCCACGAUCUGUCCUCUUCUUCUCCCUCUCAGAUUCUCUCUCUCCAUUCCACUGUUCCCUCUCCCCUGAGGUGAGCGGUAUUCUCAGGAAGGAGCCACAUGUACAGUUGCUAAACCAAGCAAAUAAAAACACUGUUAUCAUGAAGAACUUCG